AUGGCGGAGAGCGAGUGCGAGACCCCCAGCACUCCGGGGGAGUUCGAGAGCAAGUACUUCGAGUACAACGGGGUGCGCCUGCCGCCCUUCUGCCGCGGAAAGAUGGAGGAGAUCACCAAUUUCCCCGUGCGAGACAGCGACGUCUGGAUUGUUACCUACCCCAAAUCAGGCACAAGUUUAUUGCAGGAAGUGGUGUAUCUUGUGAGCCAAGGAGCAGAUCCUGAUGAAAUUGGAUUAAUGAACAUAGAUGAGCAGCUUCCAGUCUUAGAAUAUCCUCAACCUGGUCUGGACAUUAUCAAGGAACUGACAUCUCCACGUCUGAUCAAAAGCCACCUGCCAUACCGCUUCUUGCCUUCUGACCUGCAUAGUGGCGAAUCCAAGAUCAUAUACAUGGCUCGUAACCCCAAAGACCUGGUCGUAUCUUAUUAUCAGUUUCAUCGCUCCCUGCGAACUAUGAGCUACAGAGGAACGUUUCAGGAGUUCUGUCGGCGGUUUAUGAACGAUAAGUUAGGUUAUGGUUCAUGGUUUGAACAUGUCCAGGAAUUUUGGCAGCAUCAUAUGGAUUCCAAUGUGCUCUUUGUCAAAUAUGAAGAUAUGCACAAGGAUCUUGCAACCCUAGUUGAACAACUAGCGAGGUUCUUGGGCAUCGCCUACGACAAAGCACAGUUGGAAUCAAUGGUUGAACAUUGUCACCAGCUCAUUGAUCAGUGCUGCAAUGCUGAUGCCCUUGCAGUGGGCAGGGGACGAAUUGGGCUGUGGAAAGAUAUCUUCACUGUCUCGAUGAAUGAAAAAUUUGAUUUAGUGUACAAGCAGAAGAUGGGAAAAUGUGAUCUCACGUUUGAUUUUUAUUUAUAA